AUGUUGAGUCUGGCUAGACAGUGUCGGUCGGCGAUGUUUCUCCCCCAAACGAAACAACUUCUGGGGGUUACCACUCGGAGUUUACCACGAAAUGGCGUAGUUAGAACGUACAUGAAUCCAGUGUGGAGACGACAGCCACUUGCCAAUGUGAUUAAGAAUGCCAAUUUUUUUAAAUCCUGUGGUUCCGUAAUUGUGAGACUGAGUUCAAACAUUCCUCAGAAGGGAAAAAAGGGGAUCGGGUACUGGUUGGUUUCGUGCAGCGGGAUGAUCUUCGUCGCAGUAGUCCUAGGUGGCGUUACGCGUCUUACUGAGUCCGGGUUGUCCAUGGUCACGUGGAAACUGCUAGGAGAGAAAAUGCCCACGAACGAAAAAGAGUGGGAAGAGGAAUUUAAAAAGUACCAACAGUAUCCAGAGUUCAAAAUCAAAAACAAAGAAAUGACGCUGUCCGAGUUCAAGUGGAUCUGGUACAUGGAAUUCGGUCAUCGGAUGUGGGGGCGCGCCAUCGGCGCCGUUUUUCUGCUACCCGCUGUAUAUUUCUGGUCCCGUGGCAUGUUCACGCCAGCGAUGAAAAAGCGGGUGGUGGCCUUCGGUGCUUUAAUCGGCGCUCAAGGUCUCAUGGGUUGGUACAUGGUAAAGUCGGGGCUUGAGGACCGCUUUCACGGCGAAAGCGACGUGCCCAGAGUGUCGCAGUACCGGCUAGCGGCCCAUCUGAGUCUCGCUUUUGUCCUGUACACGCUUUUCCUGUGGUCCGGUCUCGACCAUCUUUUACCAGCCGAAACCAUUACUAACGCCAGUAAAAAUGCGAUCAAGGCGUCGAGGAAGUUUCGGAUGGUCGCGCACACGUGCAAGGGGUUGGUGUUCCUGACCGCUGUGUCUGGGGCGUUUGUGGCGGGUUUGGACGCUGGUUUAGUGUACAAUUCUUUCCCGAAGAUGGCGGAUAAGUGGAUCCCUGACGACUUGUUGGCCCUCAACCCGAACAUCGUCAAUGUGACUGAAAACCCCACCACGGUUCAGUUCGAUCACAGGAUUUUGGGGACGGUGACUGUGAGUGUCAUCAGCGCUUUGUAUUUAAUGUCGAGGAAGCGGAUUUUGCCGAGGAGGGCUUACACGGCGGCUGCUGUCCUCGGAGCUGUGGCUUGGUUACAAGUUGCUUUGGGCAUCACGACGCUCCUAACCUACGUCCCGACGGCGUUGGCAGCCAGUCACCAGAGCGGCUCCUUGCUCCUGCUGUCGUCCGCCGUGUGGUUAACCCACGAACUCAAAAGACUGCCAAAGUAGGUUAUAAAAAUCCAGCGGAUGUAACAAACUUUUAUUGUAAGAUUAUUGAUAUUUGAUUGAUAAUUAGUAUCGACACUACCAUUUCAUUUAGUUUAAAACAAAAUAUACAUUAUUAUCACGUGAUCCACCAUAAAACAAACUGUUAUUGUAAUAAUUAUUUGGUGCGUAUUUUUUAAAAAACACUUGUUUUCAAA